AUGUGCAUCGAAAAUCGCGACUCCAUCGUUGCAGCCAAUGAUUUGCGGAAUUUCCGCAGGGUCGUCGUCGAUGAGGAGAAUUUUUGCAAAAACUAUGCCGACGUCUCCAAGUGCGGUGCAGAGUGCCAGGAAGAAGCGGAAUUGACCGAAAAAAUCCGAAUGGCGUCUGAAAUUUGUCGUCAAAAAGAUUUGGGAGCUGCGAGAGGAUGCCUAGAAAAGGAUGAGGAAGAGCCCGUCAAUAGCCACCACAUCUGCGUUCUCCAGUGCUCCACCAGACUUCUAAGCACAGCUUGCCCGGCUGCUGCUCAGCUCUUCAAAGAUCUUCUCAAAUUCCAGAUCAACAACGGCGUCCAGGGGAUGGAGGCGCAAAAGUCGAAGGCCUUCUUCGCUGCCCUGCCAGAGGAGUGCAACUUCAUGAAGAGUACCGACGACUUGGAGAAGCUGAUCUCUGUCGAUAUUUCCAAGGUGACGGCCCCGGUCAACUUGGAGGAGAAAUUCGAGUCGAGCACAAUCCGGGUGAAUGUUGAUGAGGAGACAUCCAAGUUCGAAAAAGCGGAAGAGGAAGAGAAAAAGGAUGGCGCGAAAACGGAUUCUGAUGAAUUCACGCUAUCUGAAGCGCUGGACAGCGUCGAGUCGACGAAGACCGACGGAGAGAAGUCCCUCGUCAGCUCGGAGGAUGAGACCGAGAUCCCGCGAGUUGUCGUCAGCUCUUCUGAAGUUCCGGCCAUCGACGAGGAGGCGAUUGCCGCUCGAUUUGACGCUAUGAAUAAGGACCGGAAACCCGAUGAGCCGCUCUUCUUGGCAAGCAGGGACGCGAAGCCAGAGGAGGAACCCGUUGACGAGGCUACUACCCACGCCUUCCAGCCCGAAGACGAUUUUGUGCCUUUUGGAACUCCCGGAAAUGCCACUGAGGAUGCGGCUGAGGUGGCCACAGAAAACCCAGCUGUUGCUCAAACGGAGGAAGACGUCAAGAUCGUUAACCAGCCAACCACCCCUGCGGAGAAGCCUCUCCAAAUCGAUGGGGAAACAGAGUCGGAGGAGGUCACUGCCAAGAUGGAGGUGAUCAGCAGCGAGGAAACGGAAGAGGCCCCGGUUACUGUGAAGGCUGAAAAGGCCACAUCCGAGGACGAUCGUUCGAUCCAGGCCGGUUUAGCCGGUAUGGAGCAUUCCGGAGAGGUGGAGAAGAACGCUACUGAUGCGAAGGAAGAGGAGAAGAAGGAAGAAGCCACCACAGAGCCGAUGCUCGUCGUGAAUGCUCAGGAGGAGGAGCACAAGCCAGAAGAAGAAGCUUCGGUGACCUCUGAAGUUAUCACUCAAAGCCCCGAGCCGGUGAGCUCAUCGAACGGACUUUCCCUUGGCGUCGUCACCCUCAUCUCGGCUCUCAUGUUUGCCUUC